GAAAAUAUCUCACACCUUAAUCAUGGGCCAUUUUUCUCAUCCUUUUUAUCUAUCUACAACAGCCUCUAAUUAAGAUUAGCCUGCAUCGGUACUCAAAAGGAUUGAUCUUCUCUCUUGACAUAUCUCUUUUCGCGUCACCUUGUCCGUUUGUUACGUCCUCUUCCAAGCGCGCCGUUCUCGUCAUGGCCGCCAGCCAAGGAGCUGUGUCCUUCGAUGCCAUCAUCCAAGCGGACCGCAAAAAGAGAAAGAAUGAAGAACUCGCAAGCAAAAUCCUUGGUAAAAACAAAAAGACUGUCGCCGCGGGCGCGGGAGCUGGAAUCAAGGCUCAGAAAGCGAAGCCAGGGAGUCUCGCCAGUCGAAUUGGUGUCGUAAAGCCUUACGCAUCAGCUACAUCGAAAACUACGAAGAAUCAUCGCACACAGCCAGCGCCGGUACGAGCAGCGCACUCGCAACCAAAACGCGCCAGCAAACGUCGCCCAGACGAGGAGCGCCUUCUUUCAGCGCUCAAUCCAGCGAGUGGACAAUCAACGGUGCGCGACAAUCCGGUUGGUAUAACUAUUCGAGGAGCAGGGUCAGGAUCUUUCGUCGUGAUCGGGAGCAAUUUCGCUCCAGGCACUACAGCAGCAGACAUCCAAUCCGCUAUUGAACCGUUAUCGGGACAGAUAUUGAGCUGUUGGAUCACCUCGCAGCAUCCUACUGUCACGGCCGAGAUCACGUUCGCCGACAAAUGGGCCGCAGAAAAAGCCAUUGCCAACUUCCACAACCAAAGGGCUGACGGCAGAAUUUUGUCCAUGCGGUUCAAGCACUCCACGGCCGAACCGACACCUUCUCAGCACGUACAGAGCCCUCAGUCCUCAUUCAGCAAUCUACGAGAGCAAGCGGAUCGCGAGCGCCGUCUAAACCGGAAAGCCGAACCUGCCGUGCAGGAUGGAAGACACGGUUUCGCAGAAGGAAAUGCCCAAGUGCUUUCUCAAGACGAUUCUCGGGGCAAUGGCCGUUACAACAGGCGCAAUGCGAGAGGCAACCGAGCGUACGGACGAGCUGGCAGGCAAACAAACCAGAAUACGCAAGAGACUGGACUUUACAGCGAUCAAAUGAUGGUCGAUGCACCCACGCAGAACUCCAGUCAUAGGGGUGGACGGCACCGGUGAACUGGCGCAUUGUGCUCGAAAUGGCCGGGUCAUGCUAUCACCGGAUCUCUUACUUUUUACUUCGAUGGGAAAUCAUCUCCUCUUUCCGCACCAGCCCAGUGCUGAGUACAGCAGGGACUUUUAUUCCAGAAAUCAGGUCUUUCGGGUGCACGCUCUGUGAGCGAUCUAAUUGUUCAAUCUGACGAUAAGACGCAAUAGUGGAGGUUAAUCACUGUAAAUUAAUGGACAAUUGAUAAGAUAACAUCACGUGUUCCGAAACUUUAUUGCG